AUUUUCGCAAAAACGUGAUGGUAAAACAUCCAAAUACGCCAAGUUUUAACAGUUAUGCAAUAUUGAUUGCUUAUAUUUUUCUCGUCUGGCAUCCUGGAUUAAAAUGUUACAUGUUAACGAAGCUGUGCUUGAAUUAAAAAAUGCCACGAGCGUCUCAUUUAUCCCGGCUUCCAGACAGGAUAUUGCUUGCGAUUUGUUUGGCAGUUUUUCCGUCAACUCUGGCAAUUAACUGUUUGGUUUGCCAUUCAAUCAAUGGUUCCAAUCCGGCAUGCGAAUCUCCUCAUAUGACCAGCAAUCCAACUUUAGUCCAAAACAACUGUCGUUCCCUGAUAGGCUCAGCAGAUUCCCGAUUUCCCUUGAUGGCCGUGGCUUGUGUGACAUCGCUGGGAGAAUUCAAAAAUCAAUCCGGCACAUCGUACAUCGUCUCCAGAUAUUGUACAGCAAUAAUUCCUCCCCAGUUCCAGGCGAAAAACAUUGUCUGUGGACAACUGAAACCGUAUGACAUUAACCUCGAUACUGUUGCCUCUACCGUUUUCGGCUGCAGCGAUCUGUGCACUGACCACGCCUGCAAUGCGGCGACGAUUUUCAAACUGGCCUUGCGCAUGAAAGAAAAAUACGGAUAUUUUCUUGAAGACGAACGGGAUGAGAAGCCACAUUUCCCGAAUAUCUUCAAAAACGCACACAAAUUCCUUCUGAGACUUGAACAGCGGAAAUCGAAAUUAGCAGCCAAAGGGCCAGCUGGCAGCGUCGCUAGAUCCAACGACAGUAAUGUCGCUGAUCCUCAUAAUAUAAGUACCACGUCAAACCCGGAUCCCGUUUCGCAGUCGCCUAAUUAUACUGCAACAGUUGACAUUGACACAGCUCCGAGUAACAGUUCCGCCGCACUUACGAACGUUACUGUUGCGGCAGAUGCAGCUCAGAGGAGUCUGGAAUCGUCGACGGCCACCAGUGCAGUUGUGGAUGGUCAUUCUUAUGCGUUCGUGAUGGCAAACGAAACCGAUACUGGUGAUGUACGUAGUAAUAUCAGAACAACUGUCACUGCGGAACCUGUUCUUCCUUCUGAGUCUGAACCACCGGUCAUGCGGUAAAUCUGCUCUAUCCAAAACGUUUUUAAGCCUUUUGUCAAUGAUACAGUAUUUAAAGUACUUCUAUACCAUUGAUGCGAUGGCGGUUACAAUAAUUCGUUUGCCUGCAUAUAAUUUAUGAACAAUACCCGUAUAUAUACUGAUACGAUUUCACAAUGUCGGUUACUGACUGUAAUGGCUAUUCCAAACCCCCAGUGUUUGUAUUGAACUGGGUGGAUAAACAUAUUUUAACAGAAUGUCUCUGUAGCGGAUCUUGCUCAGAUCGCAGCGCAAUGCCGUUUAUGCCGUUUAUCU